AUGUCGAUCAUCUACAACCCACACCGAAACCACCAACGAAGCUACGGCAACUUCCACCGUGGUCUAACACCAUGGAGCAGAGCACCGACAUCCUUCACUGCUUCUCCAUGGGGCUGGGGCGUGGAACCGUUCAGCUUCAAUGAACCUUUCCAUGCACCGUUCCAGUCGUUGUUCAACGAUACCUUCUCUCAACUUGAGCGUCUGACUGGAGAAAUGAACAGCCAUCUCAACGAUGCAUUCGGAGGAGGUGAAGGCGAAGGCAACGUCUGGCAAAAGAUGCUGACCAACACGCCCAAAUUCGACGUCAAGGAGACCGAAGACGCCUAUGUUCUCGAGGGCGAACUCCCUGGCGUCGCGAAAUCCGAUAUCAGCCUUAACUUCGUCGACGACAAUACACUUGUGCUCAAGACCAAGACCGAGACUUUCAGGGAGCAGAAGCCUGCUCAGCAGGCUGACUCGACAACCAAGCAGCCUGACACGUCCAGCCAAGAUACUCGGAUGACAGGCGCCAAUCCAGACGCUACUACCAGCAGUACUACUGAAAACGGUACUUCAAACUCCGACUCUAACGACAAAACCGUCACAACCACCACCAAUAACCAAACUAAAGACGUCGCAGCUCCAGCCCAACCAACAUACCACCUCACCGAGCGCACCUACGGCAGUUUUCAGCGCGCCUUCUCAUUCCCAGCUGAAGUCAAACACGAAGACGUCAAGGCGAGACUCAACAACGGAGUGUUGACUGUAACUGUUCCGAAAGUGCAAAAGACCGCUGAGACUGAGAAGAAGGGUCGUAGUGUUACUGUGGAGGAUGUGAAGGAGGAUGAGAAUAUAGUUCCGGAGGCUGAGAUGAGUGGAGAGGAGAAGGAGAAGGAGAAGGAGCAGAAGGCGAACUUGGAAGAUAAUGAAUAA